AUGGAAAAACAGUUCAAAAUUCAAACUCGUUGGUCUCCGUCAGAUCCACAAUACAGGUCCAGUUUGGUGACUUGUGAGGCUGUAAGAGCAAAACAGACCCUGGAUCUAAUUCUGGUUUCCGGUAGAAGAAGAUGGUUUCUUCUUUCCCUAAAAAAGAAAUACACAGGUAUAAAAAGAUCGAACUACGCGCUCUUGACGUGUACUUUUCUUUGUAAAACUUAAAAAUGUUAAUUGACUUUGUUUACCCAUGUAGCAAGAAAGCUCGUUUUUAAGUUUACGUGCAUGAGAUUGAAUUGGAAUAUGGAGGGUUAGUGUCAGCUGAGGGUCAGGAAAAACUGGCGACCCCUUAGAGCAAAGACGACAACCAAGAACGGACUCAACCCACAUAUCAAUUAAUAACUUAACUUUUUUAUAUAACUGUUUCUGUUAUAGAUGGCCAAGCCCAGGCGAAACGUUUGUGUAAGGGCGUCACCAAAGAGAAUACCAAUCUGCGCAAGCAGUUAAAAGUAUUUAACUCUUCUGUAGACAUCCUCCGGCAACAUGAUUACUCUUCAUUUUCCCCUCUUUCAUGGGAAGAUGUUGGUGACGUCAGCAGUGCCAUCUACUCCAUCAACAUCCCAAACGAAGACGGUGUUCCUGUGUGCAUUAAAAGGUCAGCAGUUGAUGCGCAGAACUUGAUUUCGCGAUGUUGGGAGGAGAUGAAAUAUCAAGACGCUGAAAUGUCUAACACUAUCACUGCAUAUUUCAACCAAUGUCUUGAAAUUGAAGGUCGACUCUCUUCGUUGGCAAGUCACCAUGAAUUUAAAGAUUCUAACAAUCUCAAAGGUCUUUAUUCCAUCCAUACAAAGCAACUGUACGAUGAGCGUGUGCGACUUUUUGGUGCUUGUAAUAUGUUUAAAAAGUUUAUCACACCUUCUCCAGAAGUUAGUAAUUACAUGGUUGACAAUGUCCAGGAAGUCAAUGUACUCGAUUUCUGGAAUGCAGGCGAAGAGUUUGAAAGUGAUGAAGAUGAUGACAAUGAUAGUGAUGUUGAAGUGUGA